AUGCUAGCUGAGAACUCGACGGGUAUUCAAACGCCAGUUGAGCUGGCAGGUGACUUGGACGCUUGGCGCGGUCAGGCCAUGUUGCCAAUGGGUCAAGAGGACUGCUACGUCAUCAGUCCUCUGAUUGUUGCUGAACAGCUACAUGAUUUGCAGGUAUUCGAACGACUUAUGCGGCAAUUUUGUUCCGGCUUCCUGAAUGCAUCAAGCGAGCAGACGUCAAAUGGAGCGGAAAAUGGCGACGAGGAUUUGGCGCAGGAGGCGUUAAGGGAGGCAUUUACAGCGCUUGAAAGUACGAUCAUUGUCUUGAGAACUCUGUUGCAGUACCCAGAUGCACUGCAGUACCUAGGCACUGGUGUUUUGGCAGAAACUGAAGGCGAUGAAAAACCUUUUUCUCCGACAGCUAUCCAAGCCUUCCGAGUAAUUCCAUCGUUACUGCUAAUUCAGAUUGCUUACUGCCGAAUUCCUCCUGGCUGGCCCUCCAAGGAUUUGUCUUAUGCACCCGGACUUCAGCUGAACGAUAAGCUACCUACACCACCAGAAUUGUUUAAUUAUUCCUGGUCGGAGUAUGAAUCGGCGCUUCCCGGCUUUGCCUCAGGUGAAGCAGCAGCUCAGUCACUAGUGGUUCGUUACGGAUCUUUGUUGAAUGAUAUAUUCCAGUGGAUGAACCGAUCUUUUGUGGACCUCGAUGAUGCACAAGCAGUUCCAGAAUGCGAUGAUGGUGCAUCGGAAGAUUCGGCAGAAAAUGUUCCACCGUCUAUGAUUCAGUCCAUGCCAACACUGGAGACUAGAGAGUCUGAUUUACAGCCUGACAAUGGCCCUCCUGAAUCUGCUCUUGCAAAAAUGACUAUCGAUGAUACCGCAACCAAGCGUCGAUCACGAUCUUCGCACCGUGUCGUAUCUCCCCUGGGACCUCGUCUCUGGCGUCGAAACACGUCUCAAGGACCUCGGUUCCAUCUUCCUCACGCGUUGCCGCCUCGAGUAUCACGUACACAUGCUACAGGCACAGGCUUGUCGCGUAGCCGUGCAAAUUUGGGUGUUGCUUCGUCCUCUCUCCCUCGCAGUACGACACAAACUCUCGCUCAUAUGCAGCGAGACGCGCUGAAUGUGUUUGAAAGUGUCCUGCGACACCUCGAAUCCAACGAGUAG